UGUCAAUUUCUGAAAUCAUAAUUUUUGUUGUUGUUUCGUCGUUCUUGUCUGUCAAUUUGAAAAUUAUAGUUUAAGGAUCUAAAUUUUCAACGAUGGCUGGACGUGAAGCUGUAAAAAGAGCCGUACAACAAGUUCGCCCAAUUCUAUCCGUUGAUCGGGAGGAAGCUAGAAAACGUGCCCUUAAUUUGUACAAGGCAUGGUAUCGUCAAAUCCCUUACAUUGUUAUGGAUUAUGAUAUCCCCAAGUCCGUAGAAGAAUGUCGGGCUAAACUCCGAGAGCAAUUCAUCAAGCAUCGCAGUGUUACAGAUAUUCGUGUUAUUGAUAUGUUGGUUAUUAAGGGUCAAAUGGAAUUAAAAGAAUCUGUUAACAUUUGGAAGCAAAAAGGACACAUUAUGCGGUACUGGAAAGAAUCCGAAGAACCCAAACCAACAGACUUUCUUUCCAAAUUUAUUCAGGGACAAAAUUAGAACGUUUAUUAUGUUAAUGUUUGUCCGAUGAAUGAUCUAAGCUAGAAUAAUAGAGGGGUAUCAAACGAAAA